UCUUCAAGGACUUCUGAAAAACAAACUUUCUGGACCAAGAUAUGUAAUGUAGCAGCUGUAAGAAGUCACUAGCUGUAUCUAUCUAUAGUCUCACUCGGCCCCUAUUCUCCCCCACCAAAUCGUAAACAAUGUGGAGACUGAAGAUCGCAGAGGGAGGGAGUCCGUGGCUCCGUACGACGAACGAUCACGUUGGCCGGCAGUUUUGGGAGUUUGAUCCGACGCUAGGCUCCGUUGAGGAGCUCGCCGAAAUCGAGAAGGUUCGCCAGACGUUUCAUGAGAAUCGGUUCGAGAAGAAGCACAGUUCAGAUCUGCUUAUGCGUAUGCAGUUUGCAAAGGAGAGAUCACUCUCUGCUUUCCCACCAAAAGUCAAUAUAAAAGACGCCGAAGAUAUCACUGAUGAUAAAGUAACAAAUGUAUUAAGAAGAGCUAUCGGUUUUCAUUCAACCCUUCAGGCGGAUGACGGACAUUGGCCGGGAGACUAUGGCGGCCCUAUGUUUUUAUUGCCUGGUUUGGUUAUCACUCUAACUAUUACUGGGGCACUGAAUGCAGUCCUAUCUAAAGAGCAUAAACGGGAGAUCUGCCGUUACAUUUACAAUCAUCAGAAUGUAGAUGGUGGAUGGGGUCUACACAUUGAGGGCCAUAGCACCAUGUUCGGUAGUUCCUUGAACUAUGUUACUUUGAGAUUGCUUGGUGAAGGGGCUAACGAUGGUGAAGGAGCAAUGGAGAAAGGGCGGAAAUGGAUUUUGGACCAUGGUGGUGCCACUUAUAUAACAUCCUGGGGGAAAUUCUGGCUUUCCGUACUCGGUGUAUUCGAGUGGUCCGGAAAUAAUCCGAUGCCUCCUGAGAUGUGGAUCCUUCCGUAUUUCCUUCCUGUGCAUCCAGGUAGGAUGUGGUGUCACUGUCGAAUGGUUUACCUGCCUAUGUCAUACUUAUAUGGGAGGAAGUUUGUGGGGCCUAUCACAUCCACAGUUCUAGCCUUGAGAAAGGAACUUUUUACGGUCCCCUAUCAUGACAUAAAUUGGAACGAUGCCCGAAACCUUUGUGCAAAGGAAGAUCUUUACUACCCACACCCACUCGUACAAGACAUACUUUGGGCAACUCUUGACAAGUUUGUGGAGCCUGUUUUAAUGAGAUGGCCUGGGAAGAAGUUGAGAGAGAAGGCUCUUCGCACUGCAAUGGAACAUAUUCAUUAUGAGGAUGAAAAUACUCGUUAUAUAUGCAUAGGACCAGUAAACAAGGUGUUAAAUAUGCUCUGCUGCUGGGCAGAAGACCCGAACUCAGAGGCUUUUAAGUUGCAUCUCCCAAGAAUACCUGAUUUUCUGUGGCUUGCUGAAGAUGGCAUGAAAAUGCAGGGCUAUAAUGGUAGUCAGUUGUGGGAUACUGCAUUCGCCAUACAAGCAAUUAUUGCUACAAACCUCAUUGAAGACUUUGGUCCAACAUUGAAAAAAGGACACAUGUAUAUAAAGAAUUCACAGGUGUUAGAAGACUGCGAUGGUGAUCUCGAUUAUUGGUACCGUCAUAUUUCAAAAGGUGCUUGGCCAUUUUCAACCGCAGACCAUGGUUGGCCCAUUUCAGAUUGUACUGCAGAAGGGCUAAAGGCUGCACUUUUGCUUUCAAAAUUGCCGUCAGAACUUGUUGAUGAGCCAUUGGAUGCAGACCGGCUGUAUGAUGCCGUCAAUGUUAUUCUAUCUUUACAGAACUCAAAUGGUAGUUUUGCAACAUAUGAACUGACAAGAUCCUACAGCUGGUUAGAGUUGGUAAAUCCUGCUGAAACUUUUGGUGACAUUGUUAUCGACUAUCCGUACGUGGAGUGUACCUCUGCUGCAAUUCAAGCUCUGGUGGCAUUUAUGAAAUUGUACCCUGGCCAUAGGAAAGAAGAAGUACAACGUUGCAUUAAUAAAGCUGCUGCUUUCAUCGAAUCAAUCCAAGCAUCAGAUGGUUCAUGGUACGGCUCGUGGGCGGUUUGCUUCACGUAUGGCACGUGGUUCGGGGUCAAAGGGCUAGUGGCUGCUGGAAAGAACUACUCUAACUGCUCUAGCAUUCGCAAGGCUUGUAACUUUUUGUUGUCUAAACAACUUGCUUCCGGCGGAUGGGGAGAGAGCUACCUCUCUUGUCAGAACAAGGUGUAUACCAAUCUUGAGGGAAAUCGGUCGCAUGUGGUAAAUACAGGGUGGGCUAUGUUAGCGCUCAUUGAUGCUGAGCAGGCGAAAAGAGAUCCAAAGCCGUUGCACUCUGCGGCCCGAGUAUUGAUUAAUUCUCAGUUGGAAAAUGGAGAUUUCCCGCAAGAGGAGAUCAUGGGGGUGUUUAACAGGAACUGCAUGAUCACGUAUGCUGCAUACAGAAACAUCUUCCCUAUUUGGGCGUUGGGAGAAUAUCGCUGCCGAGUACUUCAGGCACAAUCUUGAAUUUACCCCAGAUUACGUUGCAAUAUUAGUCAUCCGUUAGUUUUAACCUUUCAGAUGCUAUCCUUUAGUAAAUUCUUUGAACAUUUUGAGCAACUGAACUCUGGUAGUUCCAUAAAGAUGAGAUCUUUUCUGCAUCAGAUAAUGGAUUUAUAUCAUUGCUAUCUUGUUUUUGUUGCUC